GCUCUCAUUGUGUCGGUAUUAAGGCAGUGACAGCGAAAAUUAGGCUCCGGAUUCCUUUGAUAUUUUUGUAUGCACAAAAAGCGCGGAGGGCGGGCGGCGCGGCUCGCUACAACGCCGUAUAUAUAGACGGGACGGCUGCGCGGCGCCCAGUCGUUCGCCGUCGCUCGCCAGCGCCUCAUGUCGGAGCUUGCGCUUUGACAGCUUUCUACUAUUUCUAUUACAUUUUCACUAAAUUCUCUUGGAAAGACUGAACUGAUGAACAUUGUGUAGGUCGGGAUAAAUUAGUGUGUUUUGUGGAUCGAUUGAGACUGUUUGCAGUGAUUCGCCGGUGGUUAAGCCGACUUGUAGCUGCCCAGGCCCGUGUCUGCCAUUGUUCAAGCCGCCAGAUAUUCGUCAAUUUUAAAAAUGAAGGACGAGCGUGCGAGUCCGCCGCGCGUGCGCGUCGCAGUUCUCGGCAGCUCACGAGUGGGAAAGUCAGCUCUUAUUGUAAGAUACCUAACAAGGCGAUACAUCGGAGAAUAUCAUUCAAAUACAGAUUUAUUAUACAGGCAGACAGUUCAAAUAAACAGCAGCCCGGUGGAAUUAGAAGUUAUUGAUGUCUCGGGCUCCAACUCGGACAAAUUUCCAGCAGAACAGAUCCAAUGGGCAGACGCAUGCCUAGUCGUGUACUCGGUGACGGACAGGAGCAGCUUCGAAUACGCCACGGAAGUCCUGAAAGCCCUGAGGAGAGCCCCCGCUACCGCAAGCCCGGCGCACGGGCCCGCGGGCGCUACCACGCCCAUGCCCCUAGCUCUUUUAGGAAAUAAGACAGACCUGGACCAUUUGAGACAGGUAACGACUCAGGAUGGUCAGAGCAUAAGCGCUGCUCAUAACGCAUCGUUUAGCGAGGCGAGCGUAGCCGAUAACUCCGGCGACCUGUACCGCUGCGUGGACAGAUUGCUCGCCGAGGUGCGCACGCCUCUGCGCACACGCAAGUUCUCCGUCACCAAGAUGCUGGGCUCUCUCAUAGGUGGCGCGACGAACAACAACCAAGCGAGCCGCAGCGGGUCCAUGGUGGCGUGCCCGCGCGUGCCCACGCCGUCGCGGCCGCCGCUGGCCGCCGCGGCGCCCUGACCGGCCGCCGCGCCCGCGCACCGCGCGCGUUGAUGCCUCGCCGGCGCGGGCGCCGUAUGGCUGGCCUGCCUGCCCGUGCCCACCCGCUUUGCCGCCGCGCCGCUUUCCGCCACCAUGUGAUUUGCUACUCGUUACCGUACUUCAGUCGGCCUAAAUUGAUAUACAUUUUAAUGAACUGUAUAUAAUUUACUUGUAUAGAUCGGAUUUUUAAGAAGAGAGUUUGUGAGAUUUAUGUGCAGACUAAUUAUCAAUUAGGAUAUGGCUACUGUUUAAGAAUAACAUUAGUAAAACCAUUGAAGUUAAUCGAGUCAUAAUGGUAUAGUGCACCUUUAACAAACAAUGGUGCUGAUCUCUAUUGAUGAAGUAGAAGUCAACCAGAAGAAAACAAUGAGUAAUAUAAUGAAAAGUCCGCACCUGGAAACAAUAGUUACAGACUUAUACCAAAAUAUCUGAGAUUAGGUAUUCUUAAUUGAUUUUGUACCUAAUCAUAAGCGAGUAACUUUUCGAGAUACCAUCCUUAUGGUGCAAUAAGAAGUCGGCGGUCAAGAAAAAAGCAUCGUUGUUGAACAAAAGCUAUCUCACCAAACAAGCCAAAGAUGGUAAUUCCUAGUCUUACAUUAAUAAAUUAUGAUAUUGUAAAUAAAUUUGUUAUAGCUAUAUUGUAGAUAAACAUUUAAGAUAACCGAGAGUUUAGUUAGGUAGAUAGAUGUUAAUUUUAUGAAUGUAUUGUUCUUGCAGGCGUAUCAUGAUCAUGAUCUGAGUGCAGUCGAUAAAGCAUCCAGCAUUCGCGUUCUUGCUGAAAGUGAUGGUUAUUUUAUCGAUGGUGAUUAACUCUUUCAUCGUACUCAUACUGAGUAUUUCUAAUAUAUGUAAAAACUAUUUUUUUCUGCAGGAAACGAAACAAGUUAUGGAAUUCUCGGUGGAUGUUAAUUAGUGUUGAUAGAAUUAAUGGUUUUAAAGUUCUAUGAACAAAUAAGACAAUAAUUCCCAUACCUACAAAACAGUUUACUAUCAGGCCAAUGUAUCCAAAUGUUUUUAUUAUAUUAGAUAGUUAUAGAAUCAUUGAAAUGAAAGUAUGAAACAUAUAUUACCCUAUCCCCGUUGCAUACCCAUUACUAUAAUAACUUCUCAUUGUCUUUGUAACAAAUUAUAUGUACGCACUCAAAAUGAUCUUGUACUAUAUUCCAAAAUUAUGGAAUUAUAAGAGUUUUUAGUAUAUCAGUGUUUGCGUAGCUGUCUAAAUGUCUACAUUAUAUCUCAAUGUAUACAAACCAUAAGUACCAUUAUAAUAUAUGUAAUGCUCUUAAUAGAUUCCUCGAUUUCUGAUCUAAACCUGAUCUUACUCGUUUUAAAGCAACUAUUAUAAACCAUGAACCUAGCUUUAAACUUAUGAACCAACAUGUCUAAUAAUUGAAUAUAUAUGUCUCUGAUAUACUGUUUAGAAAUAAGGAUAUAUUGACAAAUAUCUCGUAUCUCGAUGUUUUUGCUUGUUAUAAGAAUACAAGGGUACGAAACUGGAAUCUAGUGAGACAUUGUUUUUGAUAUGAUUAGAUAGGGCUCAGAACUGUGCCAAAAAUGGGAACUAUUCGAAUACUAGGUGAACAAGUGUGAUAUCUACACUAAGUGCUGUAUUAAUAAAGGGGUGUUCUGAUUCUUAUGUAGGUAGUCUAAAAUACUUAUGAAGUUAUGACUAUAUGGAUGUACUCUAAAUAAUGGCCUAAAUGAAUUUUAGUAGGUACUUGGACUAUUUCUUACUAGUUUUCUACUUUUGCACAGUAUUAGUAUGCUAAGUCUCAAAUUACUUUGUCUCUAUAAACUUGCUUCAGUAAUAAAAAUUAAACGUCAAACUGUUUCUACAUAUACAUAAACACUACAUGUUGGUAUUGUUGGUAAAUUGCAAGAUUAAACUAGUCCCUGUUGUAACCCAUGAAAUAGUUUUAACAAAGAUGUUAGAAGAGAAAUGUUAAUCAUUUUACAAACAUAGUUUAAAUUUGUGGUAUUAGAUGUGCACUUUGUGUUUGGCAUGAAAUUUAAAAAUUAAAAUUUAGUAUUUCCGUUUACCCUAUUUCUGUUCGAUAAAUAUUUAUAAAAUAUGAAGCUUACAGUCAGCUGUAUUUGUGCCAUUUUCAAUCAAAGGGUACUUAUUGUCGAUUGCCAAUAAGGCGAUAUUUCCUUGAAGCUCCAAUUUGAAAUUAACCUUAUCCACAACCGAAAAUGUGGUACCUUUUAGUUCAAAACGUCACAUUUAUAAAUUAUCUACCUUUCUCAACAUAUUUAAUACCAACAAUCAUGAAAGUUUGAGUUUCUUUUGAUCUCUUUGGUUGUUCCUAAGAUCUGUUGAGAUUUGCAAUGGAAAUGUAACUGUGUCAACUAAUCGAGAGCCAUAACCGAUAUGACGACGUAUAACAGAACCACUGAGGUUGUUGUCAUUAAACGUUAUUAUUUGUUGCCGAUUUUAUGACAUCGCCUAUCUACUGUUGUGUGUUAUUAUUCAACAUAUACUAAAAAGAUAAGUCUAAAAAUAGAAUUUUGUGUCAUCAGUGACAUUUUGGUCUUAAUAAUAACGAUUUGGUGAGCUGUCAUAAAACGUCAGGAAAUAAUAUGGCGCCAGUACCAGUACGUACUCCAUGGGCGUGCAUUGCAUUUAUGUGUUGAUAUUAUGAAAUAUGAUUUAAAAUAUAAUGACUAAAAAGUCGGAACUGAUUGGAAUAAGUUGUAAAUAAUUUUGAAUUGUCUAGCUUUAAUAUGACAUAUUUAAAAUAAACUUUAUUGAAUUAUU